ACUGCACCUUCCCAUCAGAUCAGCUCUACACUCUCUUGAUCUCCUGAGGAUUGCCACCCGCUGCUUUACAUCAGUAGAAUGAAGCAAAUCAACUGUAGGAUUCUGCCCCUGGCAAUGUUCAUAGGACUGCUGAUGCUGAGCACCAUGGAAAAGUUCCCAUUUGCAGAUGCUCAAUCUCCAAUUGACUGUUGUCUUUCAUAUACCUCAAAACCUUUACCUUCGAAACUAAUUAGAGGCUACGUGAGACAGUUUUCAAAUGAACUCUGCAGCAUUGAUGCAGUCAUAUUUUACACAAGGAAACGCUUAAGUAUCUGUGCAAACCCUAAAGAUAAGUGGGUGAAAAAUGUAAUCGGAGUUUUUCUGAAGAAAGAAAUGAAACAGAAAUGAGAGACGGAAUCAUCCCAAUUCCAUGGGCACUAGGAAAUCCGACUUUCACAAUAUGAUGGAAAAAGACUAUUGUACUGAUUUUUUAUUUGUAAUUCACUUUGGUAUGUGAUUUGUACACCUCUCAUCUCAUCCACCAGAGAUACACAGCUUUUGACUUUCCGUCUCUCCAGAGAUGCUGCCUGUCUCACUGAGUUACUCCAGCAUUUUGCGUUACCCAGAUUUUGACUUUGUAAGCUAUUGUUCCUAAAAAUCAUUGUGAGUGCUUUAUUCAUCGUGUAUUUUACAGGUCAAUAAACAAUCUCAUAACAAUAUUUUGACCCUUUUGAUAUUGAUGUAUUCAUAUUUGAAUUAAACUGUUUCAUUGAUUAAGAUUAAA